AGACAACAACAAAAAAAACGCCUCUUUACAAUCUUGAACAAUACAAUCUCAGCUCAACUCUACCCUUUCCUUUCGCUGAUAUCACGAGAUUCCAUCAAAGAAGAAGAUCUGAGAGAGAAAGAUGUCAACGUCAUCAAGCAACAAUCAUCAAUUCCGAUACACACAAACUCCAUCCAAAGUUCUUCACCUUCGCAAUCUUCCAUGGGAAUGUUCUGAAGAGGAACUCGUUGAGCUUUGUAGUCCUUUCGGUAGAAUCGUUAACACCAAAUGUAAUGUUGGCGCUAAUCGUAAUCAAGCCUUCGUUGAAUUCGUGGAUCAAAAUCAAGCAAUUUCAAUGGUUUCAUAUUACGCUUCAUCUUCAGAGCCUGCUCAGGUUCGUGGUAAAACUGUUUACAUACAAUAUUCCAAUAGACACGAAAUUGUCAACAACAAAAGCCCUGGAGAUAUUCCUGGAAAUGUCUUGCUGGUAACUAUUGAAGGCGUUGAAGCUGGGGAUGUGAGCAUUGAUGUUAUCCACCUGGUGUUUUCUGCUUUUGGCUUUGUUCACAAAAUUGCUACAUUCGAAAAGACCGCAGGUUUCCAGGCUCUGAUUCAGUUCACUGAUGCUGAGACUGCUGCUUCAGCUAGGGAUGCCCUGGAUGGAAGAAGCAUACCAAGAUACCUGCUUCCAGAGCAUGUUGGUUCUUGUAACUUGCGUAUUUCAUACUCAGCACACAGAGAUCUGAAUAUCAAAUUUCAAUCAAAUCGCAGCAGGGACUAUACAAAUCCUAUGCUUCCUGUCAAUCAUAGUGCUAUUGAGGGGGCAGCACAGCCUGCUAUAGGUCCUGAUGGGAAGAGGAUAGAAACGGAGAGCAAUGUGCUUUUGGCUUCCAUUGAGAAUAUGCAGUAUGCUGUUACUGUUGACGUCAUCAACACGGUGUUCUCUGCAUUUGGUACUGUCCAGAAAAUUGCUAUGUUUGAAAAGAAUGGUCAAACUCAGGCACUAAUUCAGUACCCAGAUGUUACCACGGCAGCAGCUGCUAGAGAAGCAUUAGAGGGGCAUUGCAUAUAUGAUGGUGGCUAUUGUAAGCUUCAUCUAUCAUACUCUCGUCAUACUGAUCUCAAUGUAAAGGCUUUCAGUGACAAAAGUAGAGACUAUACAGUACCACUAGUUCCUGCACCGGUAUGGCAAAAUCCUCAGGCUGCACCUAUGUACCCUACUAAUUCCCCUGCCUAUCAGACUCAAGUUCCUGGAGGUUCCCCUGCCUAUCAGACUCAAGUUCCUGGAGGACAAGUGCCAUCAUGGGAUCUAACUCAGCAUGCAGUUAGACCGGGCUAUGUACCUGUUCCUGGUGCUUAUCCUGGUCAAACUGGUGCGUUUCCUACAAUGCCCUCCUAUGGGUCCGCAGCUAUGCCUACCGCUUCUUCACCUCUUGCUCAAAGCAGCCAUCCUGGGGCUCCUCACAAUGUAAACUUACAGCCUAGUGGUGGUUCAACUUCUGGUCCUGGUUCCUCGCCACACAUGCAACAAAACCUUGGUGCUCAAGGAAUGGUUCGGCCUGGGGCGCCGCCAAAUGUGAGACCUGGUGGUGCUUCACCUUCAGGCCAACAUUAUUAUGGUUAGGAACUUAUAGUUUUACUUUUAAGUGUCAACUCAAUCAAAGGAGACCGGCUUUAAUGAUGGAAGAGUGAUAAUAUGACUUAAGUUGUUGUUCAGUUGGAAAGUACAUCAUCAAUAUUUAUUAGUAAUUUUAAUAAUGAAAUUUAAUUUGCAAGCUUUGGAAUUGCAUAAA